CCCCGUGGUCCCCCAGGACCUCCUGGCUCAAGUGGACCUCAGGGUUUCACUGGCCCCCCUGGUGAGCCUGGUGAGGCUGGUUCUUCUGGUGGCCCUGGUGAGCGUGGUGGCGCCGGAGUUGCUGGAGCUAAGGGUAACACUGGUGAGCCUGGCCGCAACGGCGAGCCUGGUAUGCCUGGAUCCAAGGGUAUGACUGGUAGCCCUGGCAGCCCUGGUCCCGAUGGCAAGACUGGCCCCUCUGGUAACGGUGGUCAAGAUGGUCGCCCCGGACCUCCCGGCCCCGUUGGAGCCAGAGGCCAGCCCGGAGUCAUGGGAUUCCCUGGACCUAAGGGAGCCGGAGGUGAGGGUGGCAAGCCCGGUGAGAGAGGAGUCAUGGGACCCGGUGGAGCUGUGGGCGCUCCCGGCAAAGAUGGUGAUGUUGGUGCUCCUGGUGCCCCCGGUGUUGCCGGACCUUCUGGAGAGCGAGGCGAGCAGGGAGCCGGUGGCCCCCCUGGAUUCCAGGGACUUCCAGGACCCCAAGGUGCUAUUGGUGAGACUGGCAAGCCCGGAGAGCAGGGUCUUCCCGGUGAGGGUGGUGCCCCUGGCUCUGCUGGAUCCAGAGGUGACAGAGGUUUCCCCGGUGAGCGCGGUGGCCCCGGCCCAUCUGGACCCGCUGGUGCCCGUGGCUCUCCAGGCUCUGCUGGUAACGAUGGUGCUAAGGGAGAGGCUGGUGCUGCAGGUGCCCCCGGUGGCCAGGGACCCCCUGGCCUGCAGGGAAUGCCCGGAGAGCGUGGUGCUGGUGGUCUGCCAGGCCUGAAGGGAGACAGAGGUGACCAAGGAGUCAAGGGUGUUGAUGGCGCCGGUGGUAAGGAUGGCGUCCGUGGUAUGACUGGCCCCAUCGGACCCAACGGCCCUGCUGGCUCUCCUGGUGAUAAGGGAGAGACUGGCGCUCCUGGAUCUGUUGGACCUUCUGGUGCCCGUGGUGCACCUGGUGAGCGCGGUGAGUCUGGUGCCCCCGGACCCGCUGGAUUCGCUGGGCCUCCUGGUGGAGAUGGUCAGCCUGGUGCUAAGGGAGAGGCUGGAGAUAACGGUGCCAAGGGUGACGGUGGUGCCCAAGGACCCGCUGGACCUACCGGAUCCCCUGGACCUCAGGGUCCCGCUGGAAACACCGGAGCUAAGGGCGCCCGUGGAGCUGCUGGUCCCCCUGGUGCCACUGGUUUCCCCGGUGCUGCUGGUAGAGUUGGACCUCCCGGCCCAUCUGGCAACAACGGACCCCCCGGACCCUCAGGCCCUGGUGGAAAGGAAGGACAGAAGGGUAACCGUGGUGAGACUGGCCCCGCCGGUCGUCCUGGUGAGCUUGGCGCUGCCGGACCCCCUGGUGCCCAGGGAGAGAAGGGACAGCCUGGUGGAGAUGGUCCCAAUGGACCCUCUGGAACUCCCGGACCUCAGGGUAUUGGUGGACAGCGUGGUAUUGUUGGUCUGCCCGGACAGAGAGGCGAGCGCGGUUUCCCCGGCCUCGCCGGACAACUGGGAGAGCCUGGCAAGCAGGGACCUGGUGGCCCCUCUGGUGAGCGUGGACCCCCCGGACCCAUGGGGCCCGCUGGACUGGCUGGAGCACCUGGCGAGCCUGGUCGCGAGGGAACUCCUGGUAACGAGGGAUCUUCUGGUCGCGAUGGUGCUGCUGGACCCAAGGGAGAACGUGGUGAGUCUGGUGUUGCCGGUGCUUCCGGUGCCCCCGGACCCCCUGGCGCCCCUGGAACCGUCGGCCCUGCUGGAAAGUCUGGUGACCGUGGAGAGUCUGGUCCUGCUGGCCCCGCUGGUAUUGCUGGCCCUGCUGGUCCCCGUGGCCCAUCUGGACCCGCUGGAGCUCGUGGAGACAAGGGAGAGUCUGGCGAGGCUGGAGAGCGAGGCAUGAAGGGACACCGAGGAUUCACUGGCAUGCAGGGACCCCCUGGCUCCUCUGGACAAUCUGGAGAGUCAGGACCUGCUGGAGCCUCUGGCCCCGCUGGACCUAGAGGACCUUCUGGAUCWGCUGGUMCCGCCGGUAAYGAUGGRAUGAGCGGUCUGCCCGGCCCCAUCGGACCUCCCGGACCCCGUGGUCGCUCUGGAGAGAUGGGACCKUCRGGACCCCCUGGCCCUCCCGGUCCCCCUGGCCCCCCAGGACCUCCCGGCGGUGGAUUCGACAUGGGCUUCAUUGCUCAGCCCGCUCAGGAGAAGGCCCCCGAUCCCUUCCGUCACUUCCGCGCCGACGACGCCAACGUSAUGCGCGACCGCGACCUGGAGGUAGACACCACCCUCAAGAGCCUGAGCCAGCAGAUUGAGAACAUCCGCUCUCCCGAGGGCACCAAGAAGAACCCCGCCCGCACCUGCAGAGACCUSAAGAUGUGCCACCCUGACUGGAAGAGCGGCGAGUACUGGAUCGACCCCGACCAGGGCUGCACCCAGGAUGCCAUCAAGGUUUACUGCAACAUGGAGACCGGCGAGACCUGCGUCUACCCCACCGAGGCCGAAAUCCCCAAGAAGAGCUGGUACACCAGCAAGAACAUCAAGGAGAAGAAGCACGUCUGGUUCGGCGAGGCAAUGACCGAUGGCUUCCAGUUCGAGUAUGGCAGUGAGGGUUCCAGCGCUCAGGAUGUUAACAUCCAGCUGACCUUCCUGCGCCUUAUGGCCACUGAGGCCAGCCAGAACAUCACAUACCACUGCAAGAACAGCAUCGCCUACAUGGACCAGCAGUCCGGCAACCUCAAGAAGUCCCUGCUGCUCCAGGGCUCCAACGAGAUCGAGAUCAGAGCCGAGGGCAACAGCCGCUUCACAUACAGCGUCACCGAGGACGGCUGCACGUCGCACACCGGUGCAUGGGGCAAGACAGUCAUCGACUACAAGACAACGAAAACAUCCCGUCUGCCUAUUAUUGACAUCGCUCCUAUGGACGUUGGUGCACCCAAUCAGGAAUUUGGCAUUGAAGUUGGCCCAGUCUGCUUCUUGUAAAAAAGAAAUCUGGACUUUAAAUUGUUUGUGUGUGUGUGUGUAUGUUUUUUUUCUAGCAGUCAUCCCUCUCAACCCUUUUCUAUGCAUUUAAAAAGAAAAAACUAGAGUUUCAUUUGGCCGUUCAAAAAUGGUCCACUUGCUUAAAACUGCACUUCUGAAGACAGUGGUUGUGUGUCAUCAAGCUUUUUUGGGACCACUAUUACCACCACCAUCAACACCGAGGAUACUUUAGAAGACUCAAUGGUUUCACUGGCAAAAAGAAAAUAAUAUAUACUUGUAAAGUGUAAAAUCCCCCCUGGAGUUUGACAGAAAAAAAAACAUCCCAGAUACAGGUGACUUUUUUUUACCACCGCGGAAGGACAAUGAAAAAGAAAACCAAAUGCUUUGUACCACUUUCAGGUGAUGUCAAAUAAAUCUUAAAAAUGACAGUGAAGUGUCUCGUUGUUGUACCCACCUGGAGAAGCAGUUGUUCCUUCUGAAGUCACACGAAAGCAGCAUUAGAGACAUGGGUUCAACUUCUUUUUUAAUCUUAUGGCUACCUCAAAAAGGAAAUCCACGUUACCCAGUGUUGGUGAACCCCCAGGUUAGAUUUUACACGGCAGAAGUAUGGUUGAAAGUAACAGCUGCAAAAGGUGCUAUUCUUCAUGAGGUCCUGACAAUGGAGGGUGAUCGAAAAUUGUGCUAUUAUGUUGUCAUUCUUGCUUGCAGGACCUUAGGUGCUAAAUUAGCAGAUUAUCUUGAUGUCAGUCAUAACAGAUGUGUUUCAAGUGUUGGCUAAGAUCUCUGCAACAGAGGCAUAGCAAGAGGUAUACUGUAGUUAGGAUGCACACAGUCCUGUCUAGUGUACAAUGAGCAGGUGGAUUUGUUGUCUUUUGUUUUUAACAUCUUUUGACACUUUUUGGUUGUUGUUUGUUUCGUUUUGAAAUCCCCCCUUUUGUUGUCCAAUUGCUUCUAGCAGUACCCCUCUUUCACCCCCCAUUGUUUUAGUUUUUUUGUUUUGUUUUCUUAUUUUAUGCGAAGGGUUUUGGAAAAAAUUGAACACAGAAAAAAUUGAAAUAUCAAAUUUUGAGCGAAGCAGACACACCGUUGGGGGAUUAAAACAAGAGGAUCUGUACCUAUUUUGUAUAUGUAUAAAAAUUUGAGAUGUUUUUAAUUAUUUUGGAUGCUGAAAUAAAGCAUGUUAAGUGGUCUACCUAA